ACUUGUCCACUUUCAGUUUUUUUCAUUUUUUUUUUUUAGAUAAGUAUGGACACACAGUACGCCUUCUAAUUUUUUAUUACUAAUCAUCUGUCAAAGUUGAACCUAGGGUGUGUGAGGGAGGCAUAAUGGAUUACUAUACACUUGUGUUUGGAUCAAUUAUUGCUUUGAGUUUUCUGUAUACUCUAGCAAAAUUGUCCAGUAGAGUCACCAAAAAGCUUCCACCAGGUCCAUCACCAUGGCCAAUUAUUGGAAAUAUUCACUUGUUAGGUGCAAAACCCCAUGUAUCACUUGCCAAUCUUGCAAAAACCUAUGGUCCAAUUAUGAGUUUAAAAUUAGGACAAGUAACAACAGUGGUCAUUUCUUCAUCAACCAUGGCAAAACAAGUCCUUAAGUAUCAAGAUCAAGACUUUACCAGUAGAUUUGCCCCUGAUGCCGUUCAAGUACACAACUAUUGCAAAUACUCUGUGGGAUGGCUUCCUGUUUGUCCUCAAUGGCGAAAGCUUCGGAGAAUCUUGAACACAAAUAUGUUCUCCACAAAUAGUCUCGAUGCAAAUCAACAUCUAAGAUCUCGAAAGGUGAAAGAAUUGAUUGCUUAUUGUGCGAGAUGUAGCAAAGAAGGGGAAGCUUUGGAUGUAGGUCAAGUUACUUUCAAGACGAAUCUCAACAUGCUGUCAAACACCCUUUUCUCCAAGGACUUGGCUGAUCCUUUCUCGGAUUCAAAGGUAGAGUUGAAGGACGUUAUCUGGGGAAUCAUGGCUGAGAUAGGGAAGCCUAACCUAGCAGAUUUUUUUCCCAUGCUCAAAAUGAUUGAUCUUCAAGGAAUAAGGCGUCGCACAACCAAUCAAGUUGGCAAACUGUUUAAACUUUUUGAUGAUUUGAUCAACGAGCGAUUGGAGGAAAAGAGAAGGGGGUCCAAUGAAAAGGGCGAUGUUCUUGAAGCAUUUCUCAAUAUUAGUGAAGAAAGUCCGGAAGAGAUUAAUCAUAAUAACAUCAAGUCUGUGUUCCUGGUAUCCCCCAGUCUGACAGGUCAAGGACUAAUCUUUCAUGGAUCUGAGCUCUAUUUAAGGGUUUACCGCUGGCCAAUUGAUUAUUACAUGCACAAGGAUUUAUUUACUGCGGCUGCUGAUACAACUACAAAUACAGUGGAAUGGGCGAUGGCAGAAAUACUUAAACAACCAGAGAUUAUGAAGAAAGCUCAAGUUGAACUUGCAGAAACCAUUGGAAAAGGAAAAUUAAUUGAAGAAGCUGAUGUUUCUCAACUCACUUACUUGCAAUGCAUCAUUAAAGAAACCUUACGAAUGCAUCCACCUACUCCGUUAGUCCCACGUGGAGUGACACAAGAUGUUGAAUUGUGUGAUUACGUCAUUCCGGAGGGCUCACAGGUUCUAAUCAACGUAUGGGCAAUUGGUCGAGAUUUUACUUUUUGGGAGGAUGCUUUAAUGUUUAAACCUGAGAGGUUUUGGAGUUCGGACUUGGACAUGCAAGGAAAACAUUUUGAGUUGAUUCCAUUUAGUGCUGGUCGAAGAAUGUGCCCUGGUUAUCCAAUGACAUUGAGAAUGAUUCCAGUAAUAGUGGGCUCACUCUUAAAUUCCUUCAAUUGGAAGCUUGAAGCAGACAUUGAUGAACCCAAAGAUUUAGACAUGGAGGAAAAGUUCGGUCUCACUUUAGUCAAAGCUCAUCCUUUGCGAGCUAUUCCAUCUACGUUUUGAUGUUGUGGCAUCAACAAAUUCUUAUUUGUGUUCGGUAUUUGUAUUGAACCAAGCAUUCUGGCCUAAGAAAUUAAGAAUAAACCAAUAAGUUUAUGUUUGCAAUACAUGCAUGUUUUGUAUAUAUUAUUAUCUAUCUGUAUAAAUAUCGAGUGUGAAUAUAUUUUAUUUUGCACGAUGCAAGUUAUAUGACAAACGUUAAUAUUUUGUGAA